AUGUCUCAAGUCACUGGUAAAGUGUAUGAGUGUUUGACUUGCUCUGAGAAGUUUGAGAACUCUGCAGAGGCGCAGAAGCACUUCUCUCUGUCGAGACACAAAUCAGUAAAACUCAUUAAGCUAGAUGAAGUGCUAGCAUGCGAGGAGUGUCUGGAUUCCAAUAUCCAUCAGGUGAGCAUUGUUCGGUAUGGGCUCAAUGAUAUGGCUUUGCUAUGUGCUCAGUGCUUGCAAAAAUCAAAUAUUGAAAAUGAAACUGAACCAUCGGCGAAUUAUACCUUGUCAAAUGGAGCAAUCUUUACUAAAUUGGAUCAAUAUUUAAAAUUUCGUGAUAUUGAGUGUAUUUUGUGUGGGGAAACUGAAAAUACUCUCUAUGUUGGAAACACGGCAAAAGGACAGGUAAUAGCUUGUAAGAAUUGUUUGCCUCAAUAUGAGUCACAAAAGAUCUCUUUUGUUAGCGAAGAUGAUGACAAGUUUUUAUCUGAGCUUUUGGGGAUCAAAGAUUUUGUCGCCAAACCUUUGUCUAGAGGAAGAGGAAAAGGUAAAAGAGGUGGGAAAGCUGGUAGAGGUGGGAAAAGUGGUACAAGACCUCCUCGUAAGCCUAGAAAAGAUGACCCUGAGGCUGAGGCACGAAGAAUACAUUAUGAAGAGACUAAGAAAGCAGCAAGCAAUGUCAAGGCGGGAUCUACCGUUAAAGCCAUAGGUUCGGUAACUGUUGGACGAAAUCAAAAGAAAGAAAUGUCAACGAAUACCACACCCUCCAAGAAAUUUAUGGCAAAUGGAUCAAAGUCAAAUACUCCAAGGGGUACUCCCAAAGAUACUCCAAGGGGUACUCCCAAAGAUACUCCAAGGGGUACUCCCAAAGACACUCCAAGGGGUACUCCCAAAGAUACUCCAAGGGGUACACCAAGUCCUCGUAGCCAGUCACCAAGCGGGAAGUCGUUGAAAAAGCCAUCUCCUGUGUUUUUAGAAAAAGAUAGCCUGAAAAGUUCCUCGGUUGCUAAUAAUAAAAAGACCAGCAAGAAAGAAACAUCUCAGUCCACAGUACUACCAAAUGGGCAAGCAAAUUCAGUAAUUAAUACUAAUAGCCAAUCGAAGACAAAGUCAAAUUCAAAGUCAAAUUCAAAGUCAAAUUUAAAAUUAAUUUCAGAUCUCGAGUCAAACGGUAAGAACAUAGAAGCAAAUUCCAAAGCAAAUUCUCGGGUUAAAUCUGGAAAGAAAUCUGGAAAUCUGGUACCAUUGGAAAAUACAGAAUCGAGGAAUGGUACUGACCAACUGAUUUUGCAAGGAGGAAAAGGCAAGCAAAAUAAAGGUGCCACUUCUCAAAAAAAGAAUGUAUCAGCUGUCUCUAACUCCAAAACUCUGUUGCUGCUGCUGCUGCUGCUGCUGCGAACCUCAAAGGAUCGAAAUGCUAUUUCUAAAUCUGAUUUAGACGCUGACUCUGUCACUCAAGAGUCUGAGCUCGUGUUGCCACCCUACAUCACCAAAUACCAUCCUUCUACAACUUUAAAACUUAGUUAUGAUACACUUGACGAAUACUUUCGAGAAAUGAGUUUCAAUGUUUUUCUUGAAGAUCAAUUCACGAAUGAGCUGAACAUAAUUGAGCCCGAAGAUUUGAUGAUUGAAUGGUACCAGGAUCAAGAUAAGAAGAAUAACCAAUUUAAAGUAAGCAUUCCAAUGACACCCGAGGUAAUUGAUCGUUUCAUCUCAGAUAGGUUUAAGAAAUUGAAGAGAGAUCCAUUUCAAAAAGAUCAAGCCAUGUUUUUGAUCUUGAAUGACGAGAUUCCAUGGUAUGGUAAAGUUGCCACUGUUGAUGCAAUAAAGACGGGUCAGGGAAGAGGUAAAGGCAAGGGCAGGGGUAGAGGUAGGGGUAAUGCUAGGGGCAAAAGUGAUAGAGCUGCUUCAAAUUCUAGUGCCGAUUAUGUUUCACUCAUUAUUACAUUAUACCGCUGGAAUAAUCAACCAUUGCCGAAAACAGUACAUGCCCAACAUUUAAAGUUACUUCCGGCAUCUGUUCCAGUGAGUAGAAUCUUGAAUGCAAUGGAUAAUCUUGUCAAUCCAAGCUUUGCUAAGAUGUUGUUGGGUAAAGAGCCGAUAAAGCAGAUUUACUUCAACAAUCGAGUGAACUUUUCCACCAAUCUUAAUGAUUCACAAAGAGCUGCUAUUCAAUCAGUAUUGAAUAACAAAAUUAGUGUAGUGCGCGGUCCACCGGGUACUGGUAAGACUUCGGCAAUUUACGAGACCAUCAUACAAUUGUUGGAAUCACUCAACACGUAUCCAAUAUUGGUAGUUGCAGCUUCCAAUAUUGCUAUAGAUAAUAUUGCCGAGAAAUUGUUGCCAAAACAUGGCAAACUGAUAUUGCGAAUCACUGCGUCUGAAAAGGAAAAAGAAUACAACAAGUCUCAUCCCUUGAGUAGCAUUUGUCUCCAUCACAAGAUCUAUAAUGCCUUACCUUUGAAAUUCCAGCAAGUUCAAGAUGAUUUGCGUCGUGGCACUGGUGUUGUUAGUGCUAAUGCAUACAAGAAUUUUAUGCAAGAAAAAUUCCAAAUUACAAAACAACAAGUAGCACAGGCCAAAGUGAUCCUCACAACGACGGUGGUUGCCGGUGGACCGCAAAUGAAGUCCGUGGCAAAGUGCCCUGUUGUUAUUAUGGAUGAAGCAACACAAUCUUCGGAGCCAAGUACAUUAAUUCCUUUGGCUGUUCCUGGGGCAGAUAAGUUUGUGUUUGUUGGUGAUCAAAAACAAUUGAGUUGUUUUUCCUUGAUUCCAAGCUUAUCUACUUCUCUAUUUGAAAGAGUCUUGCUAAAUGGCACCUACAAAGCACCGCAUAUGUUGGACACGCAAUAUCGUAUGCAUCCGGCAAUUAGUGAAUUUCCUAGAAAUAGGUUCUAUGGCGGUGAGUUGAAAGAUGGUAUUGAUGCAAGUGCGAGAGCCAGAGAAGGAAUCCCUUUGAAUCCUGUUUAUUUUUGGGACACGAGAGGAAAGGCAAGAGAGCAAUCUGUACUUAACUACCUUCGAGAGGAUCGUGGAUACACUUACUCCAACAGGGAUGAAAUUAGCUAUAUUCAACAAAUUUUGCGUGUAUUAAUUUUGGAAAAGGGCAUAAAGCGUGAGGAUAUUGGAGUUAUUACACCUUAUUCUGGUCAGCGAGACUUGAUCUCUUCAACAUUGGUUAAGGAUGAAGUCAUCAACCCACAGCGCGAAGAAUUGAAAAUCGAGAUUGAUGUCGAUGAUAUAAGGAAUGAUUCGAAACCAGUCAAUAUCCAUAUUGUUUCUGGGGUGAUGAUUGCUUCUAUAGAUGCGUUCCAGGGCCGAGAGAAAGAUUUCAUGGUGAUGUCGUGCGUUAGAUCCAACACGCAAGGUGUAAUUGGAUUCCUUCGUGAUGAGAGAAGAUUGAACGUGGCAUUGACCAGAGCAAGAUACGGAAUGAUUAUGGUUGGUGACGUAAAGACUUUGAAACUGGGUGAUAAGUUGUGGAAGGAGUACAUGGAGUACUUAGAGGAAAGGAAAUUGAUUCAUGGAGGAGACAAAUUUGAUUAUUUAUAA